AUGGGAUCCGACCCUCAAUACGCCAAGUGGCCCCUGCUGCCGCUCUCGCAGCACGUCUUCACCCUCAGCAAUGCCUACGCUACCCGGACGGCCCAGCAGGCCGCCGUCAAGGCCCUGCAAGACGCCAUCGCCGAGGACAAGAUGGCACCGUUCUACAGAUACCUCGCGCACCCCAUCGACGGCAUCCUCAACACGUUCGGCGAGGGCGGUGCGUCGGGCCCGGGCAAGCCUCUGAGCAGGAAAUCCAGCCUCGUCGGCAUGGUGGCCACCAAGACGUCCAACACCAGCAUCAGCUUGCCCUGGGACGAGGCGCUCUACGCAAAGCUGAAGGAGGACAACGAUAAAGAGCUGGAGCAGUUUCAAAAGGAGGAAGAUGAGGCUGUUGAGCAGGCUGGUGACACCGAGGUCAUCGCUGCCAAGGGCAAGCGAGCGGAGUUCUGGGCACGUGUGGGCGACAAGGACAAGGCGAUUGCAGCAUACGAGGACGUCUACGAGAAGACGGGCAUCCUGGGCACCAAGAUCGACCUCGUCCUGGCCAUAAUACGCAUGGGCCUCUUCUAUGGCGACAAGCCCCUUGUCAAGAAGCACGUCGAGCGGGCAAAGACGCUCGUCGAGUCGGGAGGUGACUGGGAUCGUCGCAACCGUCUCAAGGCCUACGAGGGCCUCCACCUCAUCACAGUCCGCUCCUAUAACCUCGCCGCACCGCUCCUGCUCGACUCCCUCUCCACAUUCACCAGCUACGAACUCUGCACCUACUCUAGCCUCGUGGUGUACUCGGUGCUGGCCGGCUCCGUUUCCUUGAAGCGGGUCGACUUCAAGUCCAAGGUCGUCGAUGCGCCAGAGAUCAAGGCCAUCAUGGGAGACGGAGAGGAUAAGCUCCUGGCCCUCAGCGGCGCGCUGAGUGCCGGGCCCGGCGCCGAUGAUACCACCGGCGACCAAGCGCCCCAGGCGGCCACCUCCAAGGCCGUCAACCUGACCACCCUGGGCUCCAGCACAGAGCAGCCCGAGGCCGAGAUGGCCAUCGACUUCAGCCCUCUCGCCCUGCUGGUCAGCAGCCUCUACAACGGCAACUACAAGACCUUCUUCAAGUCUCUCGCCGACGUCGAGGAGCAGUUCCUUAACCAGGACCGCUACCUCCACGAGCACAAGAACUGGUUCAUCCGCGAGAUGCGCCUGCGGGCGUACCAGCAGCUGCUGCAGAGCUACCGCGUUGUUGGCCUCGAGAGCAUGGCCAACGACUUUGGCGUCACCGUCGACUUCCUCGACCGUGAUCUUGCUCGCUUCAUCGCCGCCGGUCGCAUCCCCUGCACCAUCGACCGCGUCUCCGGGAAGGGUGUCAUUGAGACGAACCGACCCGACGACAAGAACAAGCAGUACCAGGAUGUCGUUCGCCAGGGUGACCAGCUGAUUACGAAGCUGCAGAAGUACGGUCAGGCCGUGCGGUUGAGGGGCAGUGAACGGGCAUAG